AUGAAUCCAAAUUAUCAUCCUGCUCAAUCCUCUAGUUACGUAGGACUGCUUCACAGUAAAGAUGGUAGUGCUUUCAAUGAAAACUUUCCUUAUGAAAGUUUUCAUUCUAGUGUUAACUUUGGAGAUUCCGAACCUAUCCCGGCUUUCAGUUCUCAACAAACUCAAGACGCACCUCCAGAGACACCAGUGGCCCGUGCUGUGAGACGCAAAUGGAACCCAACAGAUGACGAGGUGCUGAUAAGUGGCUGGCUUAACACUUCUAAGGAUCCUAUAGUGUCAAAUGACCAGAAGGCGGGUACCUUCUGGAACCGAGUUGCUGCUUAUUAUGCAUCAAGUCCACACGGAAGAGAGGAUGGUGAGAGAGAGUGGGUUCAUUGCAAGAAGAGGUGGCACAGAAUCAAUGAUGAGAUAAACAAGUUCUGUGGCGCAUACGCGGCAGCAGAGAGACAACAGAGGAGUGGUGAGAGUGACACUGACGUUCUGAAGAAGGCGCAUGACAUUUUCCACUCUGAUAAUGGACACAAGUUCACCCUUGAACACGCGUGGUGUAUGCUCAAGUAUGAACAGAAGUGGAUGAGUCUUAACACACCUACACCAGGUUCGAAGAGGAAGAACACUGAGACAAGUACCCAAAGUUCUACCACUAAAGGUUUUGUUGAACCUGAGAGCACGCCACAAGGCCUCGUUGAGCCUGAGCGCAGGCCAGAAGGGAUCAAGGCUGCUAAGGCUAAAAGAAACACGCUUAAAGGGAAGUCUGUGGCUGAGUAUGCGGCUGUGUGGGAUAUGAAGAAGGCGGAUUUGGAGAAGAAGGAGACACUGUCGAAGCUAGGUAUACUAGACAGUCUCAUUGCACUUGCCAAGGUGCAACCAUUGACUGAGGCGGAAGAAGCGGCGAAGAAUAAGAUACUAGCCCAGUACUUCUGA